GCAUAUCAUAAACAAUCCAUAUUGCGUACAAAACCAUAGUCCAAUAUUGUUACAUAAUAUCUCAUCACAGUUUAAAGGGAAAAAAUCGUUAAGUUUAUCUAGCCCCACCCCAUUAAACUUAACAUAAGCAAAAACAAAAGCUGGCAAUGGCUAAUCUUCUUUUAGUUCUCUUAGUUCUAGUCUCCUUUUCUACUCUCCUUCUAUCCCACCAAUACUGUAUAAUAGGAGCUGGCCCCUCAGGGAUGCAAUUGGGAUAUUUUCUUCAGACAUCAGGCAGAGACUAUGUAAUAUUUGAAAGAAACUCCACCUCUGGCUCUUUCUUUCGCCAAUAUCCUCGACACAGAAAACUCAUCUCAAUCAACAAACGCUACACUGGCUCAACUAAUGAAGAAUUCAAUUUAAGGCACGACUGGAAUUCAUUGCUCAGCCAUCAUCCUGACUUGAAAAUGAAACAUUAUUCAAAAGAUUACUUUCCUCAUGCUGAUACAGCGGUCAAGUAUUUUGAGGACUUUAGCUCAAAGCUAGGCUUGAACAUCCAAUACAAUACAGAGAUCAAGAAAGUAAAGAAAGACUUGGAGACAGGUAUCUUUACUCUUACUGAUCAACUGGGAAAAAACUACAACUGCCAAGUUUUAAUAAUAAGUACUGGAUUAUGGAAGCCACAUAUACCUGAAAUCCCUGGUAUUGAACUUAUAGAGGGCUAUGAAAAUGUUUCAGUUGAUCCCGAUGAUUUUAUUAAUAAAGCUGUGUUCAUUAUUGGCCGAGGUAAUGCUGGUUUUGAAACAGCUGCUAAUAUUGUAGGAUCUGCUGCAUUCAUACACAUGGCAAGCAGAUCACGCAUUAAGAUGGCUUAUCAAACUCAUUAUGUUGGGGAUUUACGGGCCAUUAAUGAUGAUCUUAUUGAUACUUAUCAACUCAAAUCACUUGAUGGGCAAUCUGAAAUUUACGAAAGUUUGGAUUCAAAAAUAAUAAUAAAAGAUGGGAAAUAUUACAUUAUUCCAGCUAGUUCUUCUGGGAAAGACUUCCCUACUGAUGGUGAAGUAAGUGUUGGGUUUUAUUUUCCAUAUGACAGUAUCAUAAGGUGUACUGGAUUUAAGUUUGACUACUCGUUGUUUGACAAGUCAACCGAUCCAGGAGUAGAUCAAUCAUCACAUGGAAAGUUUCCUUUGAUGAAAUCAAAUUAUGAGUCAGUUCUUGUUCCUGAUAUGUACUUCACUGGUGUUAUCAGUCACGCAGUGGACUAUAAGAAAUCAGCCGGAGGGUUUAUUCAUGGAUUCCGUUACACUGCAAGAGCUUUGUAUCGUCAACUUGAGUGGCGUUAUCAUGCUGUAAAAUGGCCGUCUGUGAGAAUACCGGUAUCCGACUUAACACUUUACUUGAUUAAGAGGAUAAAUGAAGUCUCUGGUUUGUAUCAGAUGUUUAAUGUUCUUGGAGACCUGAUGAUAAUAGAAAAUAAUGACACUGUCAUAUACCUGGAAGAAGUACCCAUUCAAUCAUUAGGAGAUAUUAAAAGUCUGACUGGUUAUGAUGCUCAGCAGAUAAUAAUACUAAAUUUUGAAUACGGGAUAGAUUACUCUGGCCCAGGUGAAGAUGUGUUGCGUGAGAACCGUGCUACUGGUAAUCCUGUAGAAGCUGACACAAGCAACUUCUUGCACCCUGUCCUCUACCACUAUAAUAGGUUGCCUCUUCAGUUUAGAGAAGUUGGAGUAAUGCCAAAGCCUACUUCAUAUCAUCAUAUAGUUGAAGAUUUUCUCACUGACUGGACAUCAAGACAAGCUGAUAUAAUACCAGUGAGAAGAUUUAUUGAAGAUGCUGUUCAGAGUGAUUUGAGGAGUUUUUCCACUGACGAGUGUUUUGAAUUAAGCAUUUUAUAUGGAACAGAGAACAUCCCUCUCUAUUGCAAACAGCACUAUUUUCAUGGGACUAGUUUUCCUAAUAUCAAUAUUGAUAUGACUGAUGCACUUCAAAGGAAACUGAAAAAUAUUGUUCAAGAAUUAUAUUAAAGAUAGCACUAUUGUUUUUUGCCAUUAUAUUUUUGCAAAUAAUAGGACGUUUUGUUCAUUUUUAUGAAAAUAUAUUUUUUCUGGCAGCUAAGUCUUAUUACAUGUGGUUUACUUUGAAGAUAUCAAA